AAUGCCUCGGCGUUAGAGAAAGAGAUUGGUCCAGAGCAGUUCCCAGUCAACGAGCACUAUUUCGGAUUAGUCAACUUCGGGAACACCUGCUACUGCAAUUCAGUUCUUCAAGCACUUUACUUUUGCCGCCCCUUUCGGGAAAAAGUCCUAGCCUACAAGAGCCAACCUAGGAAGAAAGAGAGCCUCCUCACCUGCUUGGCAGACCUCUUCCACAGCAUAGCCACUCAGAAGAAAAAGGUUGGUGUGAUACCUCCUAAGAAGUUCAUAACAAGAUUACGGAAAGAAAACGAGCUUUUUGACAACUACAUGCAGCAAGAUGCCCACGAAUUCUUAAAUUACCUGCUAAAUACAAUCGCUGAUAUUUUGCAAGAAGAGAGGAAGCAGGAGAAGCAGAAUGGCCGCUUGCCGAACGGCAGCAUCGACAGUGAGAACACCACCACCGCCGACCCCACCUGGGUCCACGAGAUUUUUCAGGGAACAUUAACUAACGAAACCAGGUGUCUUACUUGUGAAACUAUAAGCAGCAAAGAUGAAGACUUCUUAGACCUUUCUGUUGAUGUGGAACAAAACACUUCCAUUACUCACUGCUUAAGGGGCUUCAGCAACACGGAGACACUGUGCAGCGAGUACAAAUACUACUGUGAGGAAUGCCGCAGUAAGCAGGAGGCACACAAACGGAUGAAAGUUAAGAAACUGCCCAUGAUCCUAGCUCUCCAUCUGAAGAGAUUUAAGUACAUGGAUCAACUACAUCGAUACACAAAACUUUCUUAUCGGGUAGUUUUUCCAUUAGAGCUUCGCCUGUUUAACACUUCCGGAGACGCAACGAACCCCGACAGAAUGUACGGCCUGGUCGCGGUGGUGGUUCACUGUGGAAGCGGUCCCAAUCGAGGACAUUACAUUGCAAUAGUCAAGAGUCAUGAUUUUUGGUUGUUGUUUGAUGACGACAUUGUAGAAAAGAUAGAUGCACAAGCUAUUGAAGAAUUCUACGGGUUGACGUCUGAUAUCUCAAAGAACUCCGAGUCUGGCUACAUUCUUUUCUAUCAGUCUCGGGACUGACUGGGGACAGUUUAGAGACUUUCCACCCGGCUCCCUCUCUGGUCCUUUUGGAAAGGAGCCCACGCUGACUUUUUGAGAAGACCCGCCGGAAGCUCAGGGGCAGCAGCACACUUUGCACAC